AUGAAGGACAGCGUGUUGGCGAGGAGUAUAACUGUAAUUCACGCUGAAUACCCCCCAACCGUCGCCGAAGUCGAUCAAAAGCCCGUUCAUGAGACCGAAACCGGCUUAUCUCUCUUUCUCUCUUAUUACUUUCGCCGGAUCCGGCCCUUCCCCGGGCGAUUGACCCGACCUUUCUUGAUUCAUUCACUUCGCUUCUCCUCAAUUACAUCUCCCCCAAAACAAGCUGCGGAACCAAACCUGGAGUUGAUCUGCUUCCAAUCUACCCCUGAUUACCCCAGAGUUGCUGCUUUAGGAGCAUGUAAGCAGGGAAUUUUGCGCUUCGCUUCGAAAAGUUUGUUGCAAAAUGGCAGCUAUGGUCAAUCGAAACACGCUUCCCUUGCGUCAACGCUGGGGGAAUGGGGAAGGCUCGCGUAUUCCUAUUCUUGUUAUGGGAGACUGUCCCUCGCGGCGAAAAAGGAAAGACGCAAAAGCUUCCUCGCCCUGAUAGUAGGGGGGAAGGUCAACCUGAAUCAAACGGGAGCUAGUGGGGCGGCGAAUAGGGCCGAACUGGGAUCGGUCGGCGAAUCUGGAGCCCUUCUCAGCCUCGGUUCUCGGCCCAGUGCCAGGCCUUUAAAACCCGAAAUCCGAGAAUUGCAGGCGUGGACGACCUUGCCUGAAAACGACCCCUAUACAAUCAGGAUGAUGGAAUGGAGGUUUGAAGAGCUUAGCCGCCGAGUAGCCCGAAUCGGCAAUAACGGACUGAAUUUCCGCCAG